AUGUGGAUGCAGAAGACCUCAAGAGAUUUGGAAAGGGAGGCAGCACUGAGCGGCCGAACUGCUCAACAACACGGACACGCGGCACGGACAGCAGAGCCAGCAGACCCAGCCCGAGCCACGCGCGACCACCCAUUAAAUGGUUUGGCAGAAGAUAAUAUUGUAGAUGGAUAUUUCCUACCAAGCGAUGUAGACCUUCAUCAGGUUAUUGUAUUGCCCAAAGCGAAAUGGGAAAGGAUUCAGGACAACCUUGGCAGUACAACUAGAGAAGCAGCCCGUGUCCUUGCCGAGAGGAAGGAGCGCUGGGAGAUGCACUUACGCUCCAAAGCGGCCGUGAAAGACUGGCCCAACACCAUUAUGGGCCUGGCACAAAGGAAACUUAAAGCCAAAAAACUCAGUAAAGAAAGAGCAGAGGAAGAGAGAAGGUUAAUAGAUUUGGAAGAAGCGCAGUUCCAAGCAGCAAAACGGAAAGAGGCUAUUGAUCAAGCAAGAACCUAUCAAUACUACCGGAAUGAAAGAGUGAAAGGGUUUCAUAGUGCACUUCUACUUACUGAGGUUCUGAAAGAAAGAGAUGCUCAAGUUGAAUUUAAAAAGUUAAAGCGAGAUGUUAAUAAAAAGAAGGAAGAAGAAAUGGAACAUGAACGUAAAAAAGCUCUUCUCAGAGAGGAGGAGAAGGCACGUGAGCGUUAUAUGAAACACAAGGCCCUUUGCAGAGAUCAGCUGGAACAAAUAAAGGAACAUGAGCAUCAGGCAGAACUAGCCAAGCUAGAAGACAAAAGAGAAGGAGAAGAAAUUCAGAGACUGACCCAGUUGUACCAACUGGAAAUUCAGAAAGGAAAGGAAAAGGAGCAGGCGGAAAAACUUGAACGCCGGAGGCUACACCACGAACAUGUAGCCGACCAGAAAAUAAUUAAAGCAGCACAGGAACAAAAACAGGAGGAAGAAGAUGAUCGGAUUAGAGCUCAUUUUAAAGCAAAGCAAAUUAUUGCCAAGCUGAGAAAAGAAAAAGAAGCUGAAAUGCAAAGGCUCAUGCAGGAACAUCAGGACACCAUUGUUAACCGACUAGCUGCACAGAUGAAUGAGGCAUUUAAGAUGGAAGAUGAUCGUGUUGCUAAAGAUAUUGCGAAAAAAGAAGCUAAACAAGAACAAGAACGCAAGGCCAAAGAAGAAAAAAAAAAGGCUGACAUUGAAUCUAUUGCUGAACACAGAGCCACUGUGAUGAGGAUGAAAGCGGAAAGGAAGAAAGAGGAGAAAGCAGAGGGUAAAAAAGAACUUCAUGAGUUAAUGGAGGCACAUCGCAUCUAUCUGGAAAUGGAAGAGGCCAAGAAACAGAGACGGCGUGAUGAAAAUGUGGAAGUCCAGAAAAUACAGAUCCAGCAAAUGGCUGAAAAGCUGGCAAGAAAACAGCAGGAAAAACAAGCAGAUUUGGACUAUGACGCUCAGAGAGAGGUUAUUGCACUUUUUAAGGAGCGUGAAUUCCAGGACUACGCAAAACAAGUAAUUGAAUUGGAGUCUAAGACUACGCAUAAUCUUUAUCCUCUUCUUAAAGCAUCUAAAGAAGGAACCGGAUUUGUACAUGGGCCACUUUCUAGAGGAAAAGGAUCUAGUUAUCAAGCACAGAAUACUGGUGGGACUCAGUUACCUUGUAUCCAUACUCCAACUCAAGAAGUAAAAACAUGA